AUCUGACAUUUUUCUACUCACACGUCCAAGUAACCAUGGCAAUUUGGCAACAUAAGGUCUCAUGUUGUCUACUAAUACUUUGCUUUACAAAUGUGUUUUCUUCACGCAUUAGGCCUUACACACCUCCAAGUGUCACACGCUUGACCGAUUCUUUUCCUCAAGUCUCAAUUGAUCGUGCUUUUUCUAAGGGUUUUGGAGCCUCAAAUGUUCAAUUUCUCAGUAAUGGGUCCAUGGCUACUCUGGCUCUUGAUAAAAUCUCAGGCUCUGGCUUGGUCUCGCAAAGUAGAUACUCCUACGGAUUCUUCAGUGCUGCAAUCAAAUUACCAGCUGGUUUGUCAUCUGGAGUUGUAGUUGCCUUUUAUUUGUCAAAUGCAGAUAAAUUUCCUCACCACCAUGAUGAGAUAGAUAUUGAACUGCUUGGUCAUGACAAGAGAAAUGAUUGGGUUAUUCAAACAAACAUCUAUGCCAAUGGAAGUGUCGGCACAGGAAGAGAAGAGAAAUUUUAUCCCUGGUUCGACCCAACACAACAGCAUCAUUAUUAUAGCAUCUUAUGGAACAGCUAUCAUACAGUGUUCUUAGUGGAUAAUAUUCCAGUGAGGGAAUUCAUACACAGCAGCACUUACCCUUCUAUUUACCCAUCAAAGCCAAUGUCAGUUUAUGCCACAAUAUGGGAUGCUUCAGAAUGGGCUACUAAAGGUGGAAAGUACCCAGUGAAUUAUAAGAAUGCACCAUUUGUUGUUUCAUUUGCAGAAAUGGAACAAAGUGGUUGUAUAUCUGAUCCGGCGACAUCAGUUUCUUUAUGUUCUAAGGCCAAUCCUUCUGGCCUAGACCCAAAUGGAGCAGAGUUUACUAAGCUAUCACAACAGCAGAUAGCAGCCAUGGACUGGGCAAGAAGGAAACUCAUGUUUUACUCCUACUGCAAUGACAAGCCUAGAUUCAAAGUCUUACCACCAGAAUGUCACUAAACAAAUUGAGAAAAAUUACGAAAAGAAAAAUUCCUGAAAUUAUUUACAAAUUAUCAAUGACAUAUAUAGUAAAUACAUUUUAUAAAUUUCAUCACAUUUUAUCCCUUGAUGAUAAAUAAUUUCCAGGAAUUCUUUUCCCCUAAUUUUUCCAAUAAAAUUAUAAUUUUUUUAACCUGCUUCAGGAGUAAUGAUAUUGCUGUAAGUUCUUUGGCUUAAAAGUUGCAUGAGAGAGUUAGAAAUUAUUUGAACAGAAAAAUGACAGUGAAAAUAUACUAUAGUUUCAUUGUGCUUCUGUAUAAAUUUUAAUAAUAAUAAUGAGCAAUAAUAAUGAGUAAUAUUCAGCUCAGUUUCCUUCU